UUCUGAGAGUGGUAGACCGAGCUCUAUGCGGUCUCCUGGAUUGCAGAUCGCAAUGACCGCACCCUCCCUGGAGGAGCUAGACUCCUUCAAGUACUGUGACCUGCAGAAGUUGGCCAAGAGUCUGGGCCUCCGGGCUAACCUGAAGGCAGACAAGUUGUUAAAAGCCUUGAAAGCUCACCUUAAACAGGAAGCAAGAAGAGAAAAUGAGAAUCAGGAAACGGCAGAUGAAUGUCUCCCUCUCCAGGAUGGAAGUCAGACUUGUGCAUCCUCUUGUGAUGAGAGCGAGAUACAGGUUAGAGAGCAGGACCACGCUGAGAGGAAGACCGGCAGCUACAUCACCAAAUCGCGGAGAAGGCGUAGGACAGUCCAGGGGAUCCCUGACUCCCAGCAGGAUCAUUCAGAACGGAAGAUGAGCGAUCUCACUGAAUUCCAGAAUCAGGAGCAGCCAGAAAACCAGGAUCUCAAAACUGCUGGAGAAGCUCCUACUCCACCAGAUGAGAGCCAAGGAGAUGAGAAUGCAGAUUCCAUGGAAGAAAGCAGAAUUAAUGGUAAUGAAGAUUCAAAGAUACCUUCAGAAAGAAAGAAAUAUCUCUGCACAGAUGCUUUUUUAAAAGCUGGAAAAAAUAAUAAAACUGGAAGCACUACUCCAAACUUUAAGAAGCUUCAUGAGGCUCAUUUUAAGAAAAUGGAGUCCAUAGAUCAAUAUAUUGAGAGAAAAAGAAAACAUUUUGAAGAGCACAGCAAUUCACUUAAUGAACUGAAGAAGCAGCCCUUCCACAAGGGAGCGGUCACGGCUCCGACGGUGACUCCGGUUCCCGUCAGAGGAAGGUCCUCUGGGGCUCGCGCUCCUGGCCACGGGCGCUCGCAGCGCGGGUCUCAGGGCACCGCAGGUCGGAGCAUCUUGGGUCCCAGGCGGUCAGUCAAGCCCUUUGCGCUGUCAGCGACAAAAAUGAAUGUCAGGUUUUCAGCUGCUACUGAAGAUAAUGAGCAGAAACGCUCACUGACCAAGACUCCAGCCAGAAAGUCUCCACAUGUCCUCGUGUCUGGGAGUACCCCAAAAGGCCCAGCUGUGCUCGGGACUCACAAGUUAAAGACCACCAAGGCUGAUCCUGCCACUGUGAUUACCCCCUUGAAGUUGACAGCAGAGGCCGUGCAGACUCCCAGCUCCAAUAAGAAACCAGUGUUUGACCUCAAAGCAAGUUUGUCUCGUCCCCUCACCUAUGAGCCACACAAAGGGAAGUUGAAACCUUGGGGGCAAUCUAAAGAAAAUAAUCCUCUGAAUGAAUAUGUAAGCAGAGUGAGCUUCCGUAAGAAAACUUACAAACAACCUCAUCUGCAGACCAGGGAAGAGCAACGGAAGAAGCGCGAGCAAGAACGGAAGGAGAAGAAAGCAAAGGUUUUGGGAGCUCGAAGAGGCCUUGUUAGAGCAGCAAGUUAAUAAUUUCUUAAUAUUCUGUAAAUAUUCUGUUAUUCUAACCCUUUUUUUCUUUGCUUCUGUAAAUAUUUUUAUGCUGUCCUCACUCUCAUCAAAAGACCUUUUUCUACUCUUUGUUCAUAGUAUGUGUAGUGUCUACGGCCUCUUCACCUACUGCAUCUCUGAAAAGAUUUUAACAUUCGAAAGCUGAAAAUAACAGGUUGAGAAUAGGGGAAGCUGGGACAGAAAGGUCACAUCUUCAUCAUCUAGAAUAGAGAAUCCAGUAAUCUUAAUGAAACUGUGGGCCAUAUGGUUUGGUUAUGGCAUCAAUAGUUUACCUAAGCGAAAAAUGGUUUUGUUUAAGCUUAUAGGCACCUUUGUUCAGAUCGUUUCAUGUAACUGCCAUCUGUCACUCAUUAUAUCCUUAAAAACAAAACUCUAUAAUUCAUUCUAGCCUUUCUUAUUUAAAAAUAAAAGCUACAGGGCCAUAUGGGAAUUUUAGGAUUGCUGCUUUACGGAUUACUAUGUUCUGUCAAACUAGCAUCUUAUUCAAUUUAUGGAAGAAACUAGAGUUGCUUAGCAUCAUAACCAUCUUGGUUGCACCUAAGUGGAAUUUUUGAGUUUUGUACUGCUUAAGAUUUUCACAAAUAAAAGUUUUUCUCAUUAUGGUAGAUUCCUUCUUUGUAAACAUAAUAGCCUUCCAAGUGCAGCUGAUCAGCUAAGAUGAACAAGAGUGUACAUUUACCCUUGAUGAAUCUUCUCGUGACCUCCACUCUCACCACCCCAGAAAGAAGUGAACAUGUCCUUCCUUUCCAGUCCCACAGCACCUGUCAGAUUGUAGUAUGCUUACUGCACUUAUUGAUACUUACUGAUAAAAUCAGAUUUCCCUAUCAAGAGGCAGAGGUCAGAUCAAUCAAAACACCUCUGAGUAACUGUCAAACACAUUCUAAUCAAAACCAGUAUUGACACAGUCCCUCUGAAUCAGUACUUACAUUCUCUGAGCUGAGGCACAGAUCAGAGCCUGGUUUCAUGCCGUGUUCCCUGUGUG